AUGGCUGAGCGCUCACGUUAUACCGCCAAAGACUAUGUGGUCGGCUGGAUUUGUGCUUUGGCAGUGGAGCUAGCCGCAUCGGCCGCCAUGUUCGACGAGGAGCAUGACAACGCAAUGUUAGACUCGGAUGACGAUAACUUUUAUGCAUUUGGUAGGAUGGCUGGGCAUAAUGUUGUCAUCGCCUGCCUAGAGUCUGGUCGAAUCGGUUUGGUUUCAGCAGCCCACGUCGCAGUUGCAAUGAAAUCCACCUUCCGAAUGUUAAGGUUUGGCCUGAUGGUCGGCAUUGGAGCCGGUGUCCCAAGUAAUGAGCAUGAUAUUCGUUUGGGGGAUGUAGUUGUGAGUCGACCGUUCGGAAAAUUCAAUGGUGUGGUUCAGUACGACAUGGGCAAAACAACAACCGGGAACCAAGUUGUGCGGACUGGUGCUAUGAACUCGCCGCCUCGGGUACUUCUUACAGCAACGACCGCCAUGGAAGCUGAUUCUUUUAAAGAUCGGCUCAAGGUUCCGGAAUAUUUGAAGCAAAUUGGGACUGAGUUCCCCAAGUUUGCAUUUCCUGCAAAUGUGGAAGACAGCUUGUAUGAGCCAGAUUCUAUCCAUGUUGGUGGACCGACAUGCAAAAACUGCAAGGCUGGGCUCAUCGAACGCGAAGAACGCAAUAAUACCAAUGUCGUCAUUCACUACGGAACCAUAGCGUCCGGAAAUCAGGUUAUGAAGAAUGGCGUGACGAGGGAUCAACUUAGUCAGGAGCUCGGGAUCAUUCUUUGUUUCGAAAUGGAAGCAGCAGGACUAAUGAACACUUUUCCCUGCACCGUUGUCCGUGGUAUAUGCGAUUAUGCUGACUCGCACAAGAACAAAAAAUGGCAGCCAUACGCUGCAGCUGCCGCCGCCGCGGUUGCGAAGGAGCUUUUGAGGCAUGUGAGACCGGCCGAGAUCAAGGAAGCAAAAACAAUCAAUCAUAUUAUGAAUGAUGUCAUCCCAACCUUGACACGAGCGAUGGCCACAGCCGAAAGUCUUCGGCAAGAUGAGAGAGACGAAAAGGCUCUCGAGUGGCUUUCUGAUAUCAACUUCUCCGCGGCUCAAAACACCGUCUACACUUCUCGAACUGCCGGGACAGGAGAGUGGUUGUUUGUAGACCAAAACUAUAUUGCCUGGCGUGACUCUCACAGGGGUCUACUCUGGCUCUAUGGACCCGCCGGAUGUGGGAAAUCUGUAUUAACGUCUGCGAUCGUCAAUGACCUCAAAAGGAUAUGCGCCCUCGAUGACACCAAGAUAGUAGCCUACUGGUACUUCCAAUUCAGUAACACCGCCACUCAUGACCUUUCCCAGAUGAUCCGAUGUCUCCUUCGGCAACUGAGUUCAACUCCGCUUUCAUCAGCGAUUCUCGACUUGUGGCUCCGGCACAAACUACGCGGAAGCCAGCCUUCAUUAUCAGAGCUCGUUGCUGCGCUUGAUAAAGUGAUUCAAGAUUUUAAGCAGAAGAUAUUUGUUGUUUUAGACGCUCUGGAUGAAUGUCCUCAGAGUGAGAGGACGCAUUUACUGGAUUUCAUCUCGCAUUUCGCCCAAUCAAAGUUCGAAAAUUUGUGCAUUCUCGCGACUAGUCGUGCUGAGCCUGAUAUUCGCGACGCAAUGCGGAAAGCGACUCCCAGAUAUAUGGACAUUGGCCAGCGGAUGAAGAGCGAUAUCACCAAGCACGUCAGAAUUGCUCUCUCAAACCAAACACUGGCAAGAUGGGGACCUAGAGCCGUGUCUCUUAUGGAGAACGAGCUCUUAUUAAGCGACGAAACGCGAUUUCGGUGGGCUGAUUUACAAAUCCGACGUUUGCUGUUAUGCACGACAGAGGACCGAAUCUGGUCUGCCUUGAAGACUGUUCCGCGAACUUUAGAAGAGACUUAUGCGGCAGCCCUAGAACGCAUAGAGGAAGAUGACAGAGAAUCUGUUCAAAAAAUCCUUAUGUGGCUUGCAUUUAGUGCUCGCGAGUUGACACUGAACGAGGUAGCUGCAGUCGCAGGAUUCAGGUUCUCGGAAGAUGUCUUGCGCAUUUGUACCAGCCUCCUGGUGACUAUCAUUGACACUUACUCGGGCGAAGUUGUAAAACUUGGUCACUUCUCAGUCAAGGAAUUUCUUGUCUGCCGACAUCUAGAGGAUAAGGCACUUGAGUGGUUCAAUUUUUCUGGCCAUCUUGCCAACGCCAAAAUUGCUUCCAUGAGCCUUUCGGCGCUCCUCGGCAGAGACCAGUGGGCUACUGUGCAAGGCGAGUCCUCGCGCUUUGGCAAACACCUCUCGAAGUACGCAGCAGAAUUUUGGCCUUCGCAUGUCCGUGAGACAGAUGAUUCUCCAGAUAUGAUGGAGAUACAGAGUCAGAUAAAUCUCCUUUUCACUUCUUCCGCAGAUGGACCAUACCAGCAGUGGCUUGGUAUUCAUGAUCCAGAAACUCGAUACAACCGGACUUUUGAGAAAACCAGUCGCACUGCCAAAGAUUUUCCCCAGCCUCUCUACACGGCGGCCUUGUUAGGCCUGAGAGCUACUGUGGAACAUCUUUUCCGUGAUGGUACCCAACUGUCAAAAUCUGAAGGGAGAUUCAGAAACGCGCUGGGUGCAGCCGCCGUUUCGGGGAGCCUCGAUGUUGUCAAAUUUCUGAUGCCGCACUACGAUUUCACGACCGAGAUCCUGAAUAUUUCGCACGUCUUUCGGGAGUUGCGCGAGAACAUCCGCCCAGUCUUGGCAGUGUUUUUGGAUGCGGAAGCAGGACUGAUAUUAAAUAAAACAGUUUUCGAAGCAACCAUGGAUAACGUCGCCCGUGAAGAAAUCCUUGAUGUUCUGCUUCGGAGACUUGAGACGAUGCUGGACCGGAACGAGCUAAGGGUCGAAAGCAUGACAACGCUGCUGGAAACGGCGGCAGGAUACACAAACCUCAAGUUCCCCAAUGGUCUUGUUCCUUUGUUGAAUUUGAUUCUGAACCACUGGAGUUCAAACGUUUCGGUCCCUGAAAUGGUGGUGAAGGCCGCCGCCUUGUCGUACUCCUUCGGCAACAACUCGAUCGAACAUCUGCUGAAAAGGAAAGCGUCAUCUAUUCAUAUCAGCGAAGAUAUCUUACGAGCUUUUCGAGGGAAAUACGAACUUGAUUCGAUCUGGGAAUUGAUACUGACGCCAAACGGCCCAUCCAUCAGUUUUACGGACGCUGUCUUUCAGGCAGCUCUGGAAAACUCCAAUGGGGAACGGCUGCUAGCAAUCGUACCUGCCACCGAAGACGCGAGGAUUGCCGUCACUGAGGUUACACUUCAGCUAGCAAUUCAAAAAGGAGAGUUGAUGUUGCUGAUCAAAUACCGACGAAAACUACGCCUCAGCAUGUCUGAGGAUUUCCUCAUUUCUGCCCUUGGGGCAGCCGGGGAAGAAGAAGGCUUGGAAAUGAUAGAGUGGCUUACUGAAAAAUCUGACUCGGAAGUCCGCAUUAGCAAAAGCAUAUUGGCGUCAGCUGUCCAGAAUGAUCGAAUCAACGAGAAAACAAUGAGACGAUUGCUGGAUCGAUGUGGGCCAGCUGUCCCUUUCACCGAAGAGAUGCUUUAUUCACCUCCUCGGCCACUUUUCUUCGAGAAGGAACGGGCAUUCGAGUCUGCUCGUCGAAGACUCUUCCAUGACGACAAGAAGAUCAGGUGGCUGCUUGGCCAAAAAGAAUGGAGCGGCUCUGUAACCGAAAGCUUGCUGAAGAUAGCCGCAAGCAUUGCGAGCCCGCAAGUGAUGCAAAUACUGCUCGAUCGUUCAGACCCUCCUAGCCGUAUCACAGAAGAGGUACUCCAGGCAGCAGUGGAUCCUCUCAACCCACCGAUGGUGAAGCUGCUGCUAAGACAACCGAAGCUUGAUGCCAAAACGGUACCAGAGAUGCUAUUUGUCCAAGUGCUCGGAGAUUUUGAUGGUGAUCCAGAGCUGGUACAACUUCUGGCAAAGAAUUUCCGCCCUAGGGCCCGAAAUUCGCAAUUAAUAAUCGCGAAAGCGGCCGCAACGAGCGGUGUCGAGGCCAAUCUCGUUGCUCUACGGGAAAAUUGCGACACCGAGGCCCUCCCUCCUCAAAUUCUCUCUAUUUUCCAUCUGCAUCGAGCAGCCAGGACCGGAGACACGACAUUAGCAUCGGACGCAUUGGCUACUGGCGUUGAUCCCGACAUCAAAGACAUUUUGGGAAGAUCUCCCUUGGCGAAAACUUGUAUUUCGAGCCACGCUGCAAUAGCUCGUCAGCUUUUGGCAAGUCCGAGAGUGGAUGUCAACCUAAGAGACAAUAAGGGUCGUACACCGAUUUUUUACGCAGUCCAGUUGGGGUCGUUGGAGUUAACAGAACUCCUUUUGCAGGCGGGCGCGGACCUGGAUAUUGAAGAUGACGACGGCGACACGCCUCUGAGUAUUGCAGCCUUUGAUUCAUGGCGUGAAAUUAGCCUCCUGGGAAGGUUGCAAAAGCAUCGAGCGAAGAUCAACAAUGAGCCAGCUUUCGCCGACUUCUUCUAG